AUGCCACCCUACUCGGGAAUCCGCUUCCAAAUCCUUCUUCACGCCCAGCAACCAGAUGCUAUGGUAGCGCCCGUUGAUGUCAGCGCUCGAGAGUGGGAGUCAUGCGUGACCAAUCACCUUCCAAGAUACCCAAACUACGAUAUUCUCGGCCGCAUCCGCAACCUCGAUGUUGAGCUCUUCGGGAACUUUACCGCCCUCCAAACCGAACUGGAAGGCCUUGACUACACAGUCCGCCCCUACGAUCGUAGCAAGUGCAUGUCAAUCUACCCCGAUACCGAAGUCAAGAACAGAAACUUGGUGCAAAAGCUGCAGGAUCAGCUGUACGAAGCUCUGCAAGCGGAUGGAGAGGAGAUCGGUUAUGCACUCAUCGCUGCAACACAGAGCGAGUGGGUUUUGAUCUGCAAACUCGAUCGUGGAAGAUUCAACCCGGAGAACCCAUGCCCGCCGGAACUCACCGCACUCGACGCCGUAUACAACACCAUCGGAUACAUGCUAGACAACGACGUCUUCAUCCUGGCUCCUGAGAGGGAUGUCAAGAAAUACUACCUCAACAAGCCCCCAUGGGUUAUCUACAAGCUACUCGACAAGACUAUCAAUACCGAGUACGAACGCCACCAACAAGAAGAAAAGGAGGAAAAGAUCCGUCAGCACAAGAGAGAGAAGAGAAAGGCCAAGAAACUUGCUGCCAAGCUGGAGGUCGUUGGCACUGAGCAAGAGAGAUUGGGAGCAUUGCUGGCUGGAAAGGAUGACAGAUCUGGAGGCAAGGCUUACAAGAAGGACAAGGUUAUCGAAGAAGUGAAAGCCCCUGCCGCUGUUAUUGUUGCCGUAACGCCCGAAAAGAAACCGGAAGUCAAGAAAGUCGAGGUAGUGAAGGAGAAGCCAUGGGCCAAGGAAGUGAAGAAGCAGGGCUGGUUCUUCUCUGGAGAGGACGUUUUGAAGGAUGCUUGAUUUUUCUAUAUAAAGGUAAAUAUC